AGUGCUACUUCUAUCUAAUUUUCAAGGGCAGAUAAGAGCGAUACAGAAUCUGCUGUUAAAUUCAACAAACCAUCACUAAACAAUAUGGAAACUAAGACAAAUGCAGUCGUUCCGUAUCUUCAUCGCUUUCCAUAUUCUAUUGUUUGGACCCCCAUUCCUUUAUUGACUUGGCUAUUCCCUAUUAUUGGACAUAUGGGGAUCGCAAAUUCAUAUGGAGUCAUAUACGACUUUGCAGCUCCCUAUACAAUUGGAGAAGAUCAGAUGGCAUUUGGUUGGCCAACAAUGUAUUAUCAAGCGCAUCCUAAACACAUUGGAAGUCGAGAAAACUGGGACAAAGCUGUGUUUGAAGCGAAUGAAGUUUAUAAAGGACGAGUGCAUAAUCUCUUCUGUGAUAAUUGUCACAGUCAUGUGGCGUAUGCUUUAAACAAAAUGCGUUUUCAAGAUAAAGAUAAUUGGAAUAUGAUACGUGUUGUUGCAUUAUUGUUCUUCCAAGGAAGAUAUGUUAGUAAACGUCAUUGCUUUUCUUCAUGGUUCCCAUUCAUCUUUAUGAUAUGCAUAAUUUUGGGCGUCAUAUCAAUAAUUCUGCAUAUUAGAUGAAUAGUGCCAGUCAACUGAAAACUAAUAGGGAAGGCAGAUCAUUUGACGGGUCUCAUUUUACUGAAUACGUUUUAUUAUUAUUAUUAUUAUUAUUAUUAUUAUUAUUAUUAUUAUU